CAUUUUUUUUCUUCAUGUUUUUGGAUAGUGGGAGGUGGAAAUCUGAUAUGAUAAACAAGAAAUUAUUCUAGCAUGCUAUCACAUGACCUUGGGGCUAUUAUCCGUAGCAAAUGUCCAAUGAAUCAUGGAUAUUGGGAGGACGUUCUUGAAGAUCAGAAGAAAGAAGAGAGCAUCAAGUGCCAAUAAAGCAAACCGGUCUAAAAAGAAAAUGUAGCAUCAUGCAGGUUCAUUAUCAUUCUCACACAUUGUGAUGUAGUGUGCAGAGAGGGACGGAGAGACGAUGGAGGUUACUGAUGGAUCCUCGUGUUUUGUUCUUCUCUGUUCAUAGGCAUGAGUUUGGAAGCUUUUAUCCAGCUACUGAUGAUGGUUUAUAUACUAUGAUUGGAGAAGGACCAGGAGCAGGAUACAACAUUAAUGUCCCUUGGGAAAAUGGUCGGUGUGGGGAUGCAGACUAUUUUGCAGUUUGGGACCAUAUUUUGGUUCCUGUUGCCAAGGAAUUUAAUCCUGACUUAAUUAUAGUCUCUGCAGGAUUUGAUGCAGCUGCUGGUGAUCCUCUAGGGGGUUGUUGUGUCACGCCAUAUGGAUACACGGUUAUGUUGAAGAAACUGAUGAAUUUUGCCCAUGGUAAAAUCGUGUUGGCUUUAGAAGGAGGAUACAAUCUCGAGUCUGUAGCAAAUUCAGUUCUUGCUUGUGUUGAAGUUCUGCUAGAGGACAACCCUAUUCGUGGGUCUUCAGAGGCAUAUCCAUUUGAAUCUACAUGGCGUGUGAUACAAGCGGUUCACCAGAAACUAAGUUCUUUCUGGCCAUCGCUUGCUGAUGAAUUACCUGAGAAGCUAACGAAUAAAAAAGCGCCUCCAGCUGCUCAUAUUCUGACCUCAAGCUCUGAUUCUGAAGAGGAGGACUAUGAAGCUCCAAAUGCCAUAUCUAAACAUCUUGAGGAGGUUCUUCGGGAUGUUAUAGAGCCCCUUUCGAAGUUGAGAAUUGAUGAAAGUAUUCAGGAUCAUGUGGCAAGCAAUUCUAACACCUGGAGAUCAGAACUUUCAAAGGUUGACGUCUGGUAUGCUACUUUUGGAUCAAAUCUGUGGUUGAAAAUAUUUCUUUGCUAUGUUGAAGGUGGACAGGUGGAAGGUAUGAAAAAGCCAUAUCUUGGUUCGAGGGAUAAAACUCCGCCUAAGGAGAUUAUGUGGAAGACUUUCCCUCAUCGCUUAUUCUUUGGUUGUGAAUAUACACAUACAUGGGGACCUGGAGGGGUUGCAUUCCUUAAUCCUAAAAGCAACAUCCAGGAUAAGCCUUAUAUGUGCCUGUAUAGAAUUACGUUUGUUUUCUUGUGACUCAACUCUGUCCUAUUGUUUAUCUUUUGCACGAUAUUAUAUUCCUUCUCAAAAUACAUGAA